UUUGCGUCAGUAGAAUAGUGUCGGUUUAGCUGUGGGAGGUGAGAUCGAGCUGUGUGACAGGCGCUUAAGUCAUGUCCGGCCGGGGGAAGCAGGGAGGCAAGGUUCGAGCCAAGGCCAAGUCGCGCUCGUCACGGGCCGGGCUGCAGUUCCCCGUCGGUCGUGUCCACCGGUUGCUCCGGAAAGGUAACUACGCGGAGCGGGUGGGGGCUGGAGCUCCUGUAUAUAUGGCGGCCGUGCUGGAGUACCUGACGGCCGAGAUCCUGGAGCUGGCGGGCAACGCGGCCCGCGACAACAAGAAGACGCGCAUCAUCCCCCGCCACCUGCAGCUCGCCAUCCGCAACGACGAGGAGCUCAACAAGCUGCUGGGCAAGGUGACGAUCGCGCAGGGCGGCGUGCUGCCCAACAUCCAGGCCGUGCUGCUGCCCAAGAAGACUGAGAGCCAUAAAGCUAAAAGUAAAUAAGUUCGACGAGCAGAGCUACUCAGACUUAGCACGAGAUUUUAAACCAAAGGCUCUUUUCAGAGCCACCCACAGAGUCAGAAAAGAGUUGUGUUGCUUUCUUUACAAAGGUGCUCUCGUG